UUUAACUCAUAAAGCAUGUACUGGAUUAGUUUCCUGGUUAGCUGUUUUGAGGGGAGUGAUCUUUCUUGGACCUGUUUACAGGUCUGUAGUUUUGAAAGAGUUAAUUUACCAAUAGUCGUCCAACCUGAAUUGACUUUGAAAUGCUAUAUAAAUAACUAUAAUAUGAUAUUAAGUAAUAGAACUGUAUAGUAAAUGUUCUUUUUCCCAAAAGCAAAGUGGGCAUUACCCUCCUUUAUAUGUGCAGUAGGUACCUGGAUUUCAUGCUCGACUGUCGGAUUCUUUGGGCUCUAUUUUCGUAAUCCAAACAUAGGCAGAACUAAAUGCGGUUUCCCUUCAACCUCUUUUGGCUGUAUUUCUAUUUGUGGUCACCCCUGGAUGAAAUUGGGUCCACCACUGAUAAUGUCAUUAAAAUAGACCUCUUUGCUUUACCUAGAGCAGUGAAGUAAAGCAACAGAAUACACAUAUUGGCUAUUCUCCAAAACCAAGAUCCUGAUUUUUUUCAAACUGUAUUAGCCUUAGAUUAAUUGGCAGCGGACACUGAUUAAAUGUAUUUUGUGCACAGUUAAAAUAUAGCUAGAACAGGAAAAACCUAUUGAAAAUCAAAAUAAUAAUAAUAAUUAAGCAGUAAAAAGGGACAUUUGAUGUUCAUACAACCCAGAAUUAUUGUCCACAAAUAUUAUACCUGGGAUGUGGGGAGGAACAAUCGUGCAUUUUCUGUUUACAGUCUCCAAAACAGUACAAAGUAAACAGGAUAUGGUGUAAUUUCCAGUCAACAUGUUAAAGUUGUGUCCCCCACUUCCUGUCUAAACAUUAUUGCAUUAUCUAAAGCAUAUUUUGGUCUGUCCUUGUGAAAGGCAUAAUCCUGCCUUGAAGUAUGCAAAUUUAAAAUGUGCAUACAUAUUUGCAUCUAAGCUAGCGCUAAUGUGCAUGUUAAAAGAACAAUAACAACGCAAAGGUAAGGCAGUCCUUUUAUUUCCAUAUUCAGAUGAAUCAUGCUCUGUGACGGGGGACUGCCCCGUCUUUAUGAUCAAUGUUGGGACUGGCAGGGAGGGGGUUAAAAUUCCUCCCUGCCAGGAAAACAUGUGAGAAUGUGGCUGGAGCCCCAAUUGAAUAAUUGGCAAUUACUGGGGAGAGGCCCUGGCUGGAGGAGAGAGAGGAGAGUGUUAGAGGAGGAGAGAGUUGUAAAAAGAGUGUUUGGUUUGUUCGGUGUUUUCUGUUCCAGUGAAGGCAAGGCCCAGCCUGGAAUCUUUAUUUUGUAAGUUUUGUUGUGUUUAUUUUGUGUUUGAAACUGUUUUGUUUGGCCCUCGUGCCAAUUUAUUUUGUAUUUUUGUUUAUUAAAAUCUUUAUUUUUGAACUUAAAACUGUCUCUGAGUCUCAAACCUCGGUCCAUCCUGUCACAUUUGGUGUCAGAAACGGGAUAGCGCCACCUGGAGACUCAGAGCAGUAUUUUUUUUUUUCUCUUGAAUUUUGGGAGUUUUUUUUUUUUGAAAAUGGGAAAGAAGAGCAGGCAGCGGCAAAGGCAGGAGAUGCAGCAGCUGAAGAAAUGUAGGCUGCUGCAACAACAGCCACCCCAGCUGGAGGACCCAGCCAGCCUUUUUCCCUGGUGCUCCUGGUGCGGGAAGGUGGAUCAUCGGUGGAGGUCCUGUCCAGAUGGGCCACCAGCUGACUGGUGUGGGUGCUGUGAGGUGGAUGGCCACAACUGGGCAGGAUGCCCCCACAACCCGGACCAGGAGCAGCUGCAAACCCCGUCCUCGGCAGCCACCCCACCACUUCCUACAUCACCGCCUUCACCACCAUCCCAGGAAAUAUGGGACUGGUUGAUGCACCCUGAGGCAGACCUCUCCCACGACCUCCCCAUAGUUGUCAACACGCUGUGGCGUCGAGAUGGGGGGAGGUGGGAAAAGUGGGAGGAACAGCAUCACCCGGCGUCCUUCGCAGAGCUGGCCCUGAUGGUCAUUAAUUACCUGGCGGUAGAUAUGGGAGACGCCCCAAUCAUUCCAAUAAAGAAGGUGGAGCUGUCAUCCCGAGAGCCAGAGAGGGGUGAGCCAUCGUCCCGAGAGCCAGAGAGGGGUGAGCCAUCGUCCCGAGAGCCAGAGAGGGAUGAGCCAUCGUCCCGAGAGCCAGAGAGGGGUGAGCCAUCGUCCCGAGAGCCAGAGAGGGGUGAGCCGCUGUCCCGAGAGCCAGAAGGGGAGGAGCCGCUGUCCCGAGAGCCAGAAGGGGAGGAGCCGCCGUCCCGAGAGCCAGAAGGGGAGGAGCCGCCGUCCCGAGAGCCAGAAGGGGAGGAGCUGCCGUCCCGAGAGCCAGAAGGGGAGGAGCUGCCGUCCCGAGAGCCAGAAGGGGAGGAGCUGCCGUCCCGAGAGCCAGAAGGGGAGGAGCUGCCGUCCCGAGAGCCAGAAGGGGAGGAGCUGCCGUCCCGAGAGCCAGAAGGGGAGGAGCUGCCGUCCCCCAGAGAGGGGGAGCCGCUGCCUUCGCCCAGAGAGGGGGAGCCCGAGCGGGAGGAGUCGGUGCGUCCACGGCCCGAGAGGGAGGAGUCGGUGCGUCCACGGCCCGAGAGGGAGGAGUCGGUGCGUCCACGGCCCGAGCGGGAGGAGUCGGUGCGUCCACGGCCCGAGAAGGGGAAGCCCACAGGCCUAGGGCUGAAGGGACCUGUAGAGGGAGACGAGUUGCCGUUCCCGCCUCCGCCAGCAGAGGGAGACGAGCUGCCGUUCCCGCCUCCGCCAGCAGAGGGAGACGAGCUGCUGUUCCCGCCUCCGCCAGCAGAGGGAGACGAGUUGCCGUUCCCGCCUCCGCCAGCAGAGGGAGACGAGCUGCCGUUCCCGCCUCCGCCAGCAGAGGGAGACGAGCUGCCGUUCCCGCCUCCGCCAGCAGAGGGAGCCGGGCCGCCGUUCCCGUCUCCGCCAGCAGAGGGAGCCGGGCCGCCGUUCCCGCCUCCGCCAGCAGAGGGAGCCGGGCCGCCGUUCCCGCCUCCGCCAGCAGAGGGAGCCGGGCCGCCGUUCCCGCCUCCGCCACCAGAGGGAGCCGGGCCGCCGUUCCCGUCUCCGCCUCCCGAGGGUCCGCUGCUGCUGCCGUCGCCUCCCGAGGGUCCGCUGCUGCUGCCGUCGCCUCCCGAGGGUCCGCUGCUGCUGCCGUCGCCUCCCGAGGGUCCGCUGCUGCUGCCGUCGCCUCCCGAGGGUCCGCUGCUGCUGCCGUCGCCUCCCGAGGGUCCGCUGCUGCUGCCGUCGCCUCCCGAGGGUCCGCUGCUGCUGCCGUCGCCUCCCGAGGGUCCGCUGCUGCUGCCGUCGCCUGGGGUUGCCAGGGAUCCUGCUUCGCAUGGGGUCGCUACACUAUGGCCGGAGCCCCACGGAGGGGAAUUGCUGGCCAUGAAGAGGGGGAGGGAGGUCAGGAGACCAGCUCCCCCAGCUGCACUUUCGCAGCAAGAUGGUGUGUGGCCGGAGCCCCGGAAGAGGGAGCUGCUGGCCAUGAAGUAUUGGGUGGUGCCGGACGUCCCACCAUGGCCACCCCCAUGGACACUGUGCUUCCCCCUCUUCCGGGACUGAGACUGAGGGGGGAGGUGGCCAUUUAGGCCAUGUUGUGCUUCGCACAAGGGGGGGGAUAUGUGACGGGGGACUGCCCCGUCUUUAUGAUCAAUGUUGGGACUGGCAGGGAGGGGGUUAAAAUUCCUCCCUGCCAGGAAAACAUGUGAGAAUGUGGCUGGAGCCCCAAUUGAAUAAUUGGCAAUUACUGGGGAGAGGCCCUGGCUGGAGGAGAGAGAGGAGAGUGUUAGAGGAGGAGAGAGUUGUAAAAAGAGUGUUUGGUUUGUUCGGUGUUUUCUGUUCCAGUGAAGGCAAGGCCCAGCCUGGAAUCUUUAUUUUGUAAGUUUUGUUGUGUUUAUUUUGUGUUUGAAACUGUUUUGUUUGGCCCUCGUGCCAAUUUAUUUUGUAUUUUUGUUUAUUAAAAUCUUUAUUUUUGAACUUAAAACUGUCUCUGAGUCUCAAACCUCGGUCCAUCCUGUCACAUGCUCCCAUAAAGCUUUCACAAUUUCAAAAACAAACAAGGGAGGUACACCCUCUUACAACAGGCUUUAUGUGAUCUUAGUUCUUCAGUAUAAUCAUGUCUGACAUGGUUCAUAGUUUUGUUUUUCCUUUUUUACAACCAGCCAUAAUUUUAUAAAAUAUCCAUGCCUUGAAUUCUAGAUUCACACAUAGAAGAAAAGAAGAAUGGUUAAUCCUAUUACUGGAACAGAAUUUCAGUACCUGAUUUCAGUUAAAUUCAGUAUUCUAUAUAAUUUAAAUGUGAAGGAAAUGUAUGGUUUAAUAUAUUAACUCAAACAAUAUGUUAAAUGAGUCCUUAAUUUGUAAGAGAAGAACAGAGAAGUAUUAAUACAAAUAAAAAUAAAUUGCCACUAUAACUAGAAACCUAGGAAUCCAGUUCUGUUUUGACUGAAACACAUCUGCUGCCUUAUUUUUUGUUUGCUUGCUAAUAACUGCUUUGCCAAAAGGUGCACUGGUUAUUGUAAAGCUUAGUGAAUUUUUUUCUCACGCACACAUAAAGUAAAUCUAGAUUGUCUUUUUACAUUGGUCUCAGAGAUAAUAUGAACAAAUAACAGUGAACUACCAACAUACGUUAUAUACGUCAGCCUAGUAAUCUAAUAGGAAAUGAAUGUUAAUGUCACUCUGGAUGAAAAAACAAACCUGUAAUGAUGCAAUAGAGGUAGUAGUUUUGGUUAUAUAUUCUCCCAGAAUGCGGUAUGUGUUACCAAAUGUGAUGUUUGUAUUGCUGAAUUUCAGAAAAUGUGAGGGGGAAAAAAAAAACAUAUGGAUUUAAGGAAAACAUAAUAAAACACAUUCAAAGCUUUA